UUUUUUUUUCAAGUUCGUCUCUUAGAGGAGUUCUAUGUUAACGACUAACAAUGCUGAUACGGACGAAGGAUUUGGUGAUAUCAACGCCGAUAAUGGUUAUGAUAUCGACUUGGUAAAAGAAGAGCUUGAGUAUUACAAGAAAAAGGAAAGUGAGCCAAAAGACGAGGGAGAUCUUAGCGACAACGACUCUGCUAUAGACAGUGCGAGAGUUUGGCAUCUUCCGGUUCCGCUAGCAGAACGGAAUUCGCCGAGAAAGAAUACAAGCGUUUGCAUUGUAUCAUCGAGGACGAUUGCGCUGAAGAACCUUCACAAAGUCGAAUUGCUGCGAUAUCGAGCAUGUGCCGAGCAAUACAUCCUAACCAAAGAGCGCCUUCUAUUUCAUUUUUUGGAGUUCAUUGAUCUGCCCAAAGAAAAACCGUCAGCUUAUGAGGAUCCCUCUUUCUAUACUGUAUGCAAUGGUGCGAUUGUAGUGGAUACGAACUAUCAGUUUAGGGAAGAUGAUCCAUUGUCACAGUACAGUGAAGAGCAGCUCGUCAAUCUCGCCACACCGUACUUUGCACUUCAUGUGGAACUUCGCGAAAUUGCACGAUUUGCUGACAAAUUGGAGGCAAAUGUUCGCACGCCAGCUUUUUGGCAAGUUUUCCUUGAAUACACAAGGCAAUUUUUUGCAUGCUAUUCGAACACUAUCGCAAUUCUACGACACCAGAAACGUUUAUCGAUAGCAAGUCUUUUGGAGAAAACAUCAUCGCUCCGAGAAUGCGUUCAGCUGCUGUACGAAAUGAGUUGUGCUUGGUUUGAGACACGCAAUUUCGAUUGGUUGCAAGUUGAAUUGGCUUGGAACAAUCUCUUUGUUGUGAUGGACAGGAGUGAAGACUUGAAUAAGGAUGAGAUACUCAUGGUGACACAGCUGGAGCAGUCUUAUUGCCAGUUUUUGCUCAGAAUCAUGGAUCAUAUCUACUCGCUUGGAAGUGUACCACGUAAUCAUGAGAAGUUUUUCAUCCUAUACAACGAUACAGCUGAUCCAGAGUUGUUGAUCACGAGAUCUCAUUCUGAUAUGCAAUCCUUGCUUUGGAAUGACAGCUUACUUCUUACGGUUCUCCGUGGAUCUCAAGCUCGUUUCCGUCUCGGCCCCGAAUUGGAUGUGACACCUGUGUUCUCUACCGCAUUCUAUGAUAGCUUGAAGGCACUCGGCUGGAGUGAAGGAAUGUUCUUUUCAUUCCAAAACUUCAAAAAUGCAUUUGAAAUGGCAGCGCAGAAGCUGACGCAUGAGCUGAGCAACAAAUUGCUAUCGCAGAUAAGUGAAGCUGGCUUGCACCAGUAUUGGCAGGACAUGAAGGAAAUCACCUGCGGUAGAGUAGCACAUUGCUUCGCUGCAUACGUAUACGGUUGUACUUCGGAUCCAUCCAAGAUAGUUGCGUUAGAUCUGGUGGAAGUGUAUAAUUCGGCAUUGCUUCGCAGCGGCAUACCUCCCAACCGAGCGAUCAAAUGGCGCUUAGCUACGACAGCUAUUUCAGAGACAGAUCAUAGCAUUAGUUGUGAUCUCGAAAGACCUCUGAAUUAUGUGAUACGUCCCACCUUGAUACCAGCAAUGAAUGCCUGCAUGGACAAUAUGUUCAAGAUCUUCCGGGUCGUGGAGUUGUUGACGAGUGUCAGCUCAGACAGGAAAAAAGCUGAAGAUUACGAGAGAGUCUGUGACGAUAGAAAAGUAGCUGAGAGACGAGUUCGCCACAUGUUCUUCAUUGUGCACAAAUUGCUUUCGCUCGUAACCAUCAUAAAGGAUCUCUUCGUGGAGAAGGUUUCGUCGAUCUUCGACAGACAUGCGGAGGCAUUAUCAAGGGCUGAAGAAGUUGAAGAAGUAGAUGAGAUCCUAGCUCAAGCCGAAUCAGAAUUACAAGCACUGAUGGCUCGCACGGAUAUUCGAAAACAGUUUCAUGAGAUCGUUGACAUACUCAAACGGCUUGCUGAAGAGAUUCGUCUGAAGUCUGUCAGCAAUGAUCUGGCGUCAGAUACAUUGUUGAGGUGGCAUAAAACAACUGUGCGAACUGUGGAAUUCUUGGCUUUAAUUGGAGCUGCGAUCGGGACAAUGUUCGAUAUCCAGCGGAGGAGAUUGAUUGAAGACUGGUUGGCUGCAAUACAACUCAGUUUGGUUUGGAAUCGCUCCGAAGGGGUGCCAUUAGUACACGUCCGAAGAAGAGGUUGUACACACUCUGAGUAAUCUUAUCAGUCAUCUUUGGAAUUCUUCAAUCAGAUCUGUUUGUUUUAAUGCUUAGUCAUUCGGCUACUUCAUUUCUGCUCAAUUUAUAACUGCCUGUACCUCUUUUUCAUAACUAAGUGUGCUUAUCUACUUCCCAUUGUAAGGUGCUCCUUUCUGCCUUGUACUGCAAAUAUCUGAGGUGCAUCUUAUGCUAUCUGCCUUUGUCUUAUCUAAACUCGGGUAUAUUUACGGUUCCUACAUAUCUCAUGCCAAUUUUUCGUAAUGUUCUAAUGAAUUUAAGUUGUAGAAGGUUUUCUUGUUCCUAUAAUUUCUAGAAAUUUCAAUGAUGUUUUUGCAUGAAUAUGUACAUUUUAAUUGUGACAGCUUCUAAUCUUAGAAGAUUUAAUAUAUGCCUAUUGACGAAUUCAUCGAAAUAAACUG